UGAUGCUGACUCGCUCCCUUUACCAUCUUUGAAACGUCUGGAGUGGAAUUACAACCUCGAUGCUGAGCAUUCGGGUGGCAUCAACUCCCUCGGAGCUACCCUGCAGAACGCCCCGAAUCUGCAAUAUUUGUUCAUUGGCUGCGUUCCUCGUUCUCCCAUGAUAGAUUUCCGUCAAAUUUCGUUGCCGUCCCUGGAUACUUUGGCUAUCUCCUGUCUCAGCGGCCAACUGAUGCAUCAGAUUUGUUACCGCUGGGCUUUACCAUCACUAUCCCAUAUAGUUCUUGGGGCCGUUAGUGUUCCGGAUGUAUCAACCUUGUGGGAGGUAUACGGUGAACAGAUCAAGUCCUUGGAGCUUGGCCGACACGCCAGUUUCCUUGUGCGCGAUGUCAUUACUUCCGCAUUGAAUCACUGUUCGCAACUUGAAGAGCUCAACUAUCAUAUGUUCUUCACGCUUCCGCCCCUGCUACAUGAAUCUCAUGAUUCAAUCCACACAGUUGGAUUACACUCUGCUCCAAACCUCAUGUUCAUGUCCGACGAUGCCUGGAUGUUGCUAGAGAGACACUUUGAAACUCUCAUUGAAUGUCUGUCCUCCCUGCACACGCUUCGGCUUUUCGGAGAUUGGAGUCAUAUACUCACUGAUCCUCGAUUUGCCCCAAUUUUUGUCAAACUCUGUCAGCAUGAAUGUCAUUUAGUGGUGGUUUGACACUUUACUUUUCGCUCUGAUCGUUUUUUUUCUUUUAUUGAUACUUGAACCAUAGACUAACAUAAAAUCGAUUUUGUAUGAUAUACAUAUACCCCAUAUAUACCCUUAGAUUGACUUUACAGUUUACCUAUAGACAAUGCACCUCCCACCUAAUUUAGUAUCUUGUCCCCGUUUGUGUCUUGACGCCCUUCAUAUAUGCUCCACUCAACUCUCUAUCUAUU